CUGUCGCGACAGCGAGGGGUGGGCGGGGGGGGUGGGAAGGGGCGUGGCGGGCGCAUGACGGAGCUGCCCGGGGAGAACGAACCGGCGGGCCCCCCCGAGCCCCCCCUACCACCACCCGCCGGCCCCGGGACCGGGCACGGCAGCAAGAUGCAGCGGCUGAAGCGGUCCCUGUCCCUCCGGACGCUGCUGCGGAGCAAGAGCGUGGAGAGCCUCUUCCCGCGGCCGGGAGGGGGGGUGCAGGGCCCCGGGACCCCCCCGUCCCCCCCCCGGACACACGGCUUCCAGCAGUACGUCUUUAAGAAGCAUUGCCCCUGCGAGCUGUGCCGGCAGCUCAUCGCAGGCAACUCGCGGCAGGGCCUGCGGUGCAAAGCGUGCAAGGCCGGCGUGCACCUCUGGUGCUCCGAGGGGAUCUCGCACCAGCAGUGCCCCGGUAAGACGGCCACCUCUUUCCACCGCAAUUUCAGCUCACCCCUGCUGCUGCCGGAGCAGGGGGGCUCCGGGCAGGGUGAGCCCCCCCCAGACCCCGGCGCGAAGGUGGACCCGGUGUACGAGGCGCUGCGGUUCGGCACCUCCCUGGCACAUGGAACCGGCCCCACGGAGCUGCCCCCCGCUAUCCAGGGUGACAAGGCAGCAGCUGGGGAGGAGAGCGGGGACGCCCCGAGCAGCGGCGGGAGCCCAAGCAGUGGUGCAGCUGUCACCCCAGCAGAGAGGGACAGUGUGGAGGAGAAGAGCCCCAGGCAGCAGGCUGCCCGGGGGCCGGCGCGGCGGGACGGGGCACCCAUGUUCUCCUACGUGGCUCUCUACAAGUUCGUGCCCCAGGAGCACCAGGACCUGGCGCUGCAGCCCGGGGACAGGGUCACGCUGGUGGACGACUCCAACGAGGACUGGUGGAAGGGGAAGGUGGGCGACCGGCUGGGCUUCUUCCCGGCCAACUUCGUGCAGCGUGUCCGUCCCGGCGAGAGCGUCUGGAGGAGCUGCCGGGCCGUGCAGGGCGACAAGGAGCAGGGGCGCAUGAGCCUCAGGGAGAACCAGAUCUGUGUCGGCGUGGGCAGGACCCAGGGCCUCGUCCGGGUGACCAGCGGGAGGAAGCGGGGGCUGGUCCCUGCCGAGGCGCUGACCGAGAUCUGAGGGGCAGCAUCCAGCCCCCACCCCGGUGUCCCCGUUCCCCAUCCCGGCACCACGGCCUCCCCUGGAUCACCACACCUCAGGAAGCCCCGUCCGGGCGGUACUUGACACCCCCACCCCCCCCAUCCCCGA